ACUUUUAUUUUCUUCUAUUAAAUUUACUUUUAGUUAGUAGAGAUGGACUUGCCGUGUGCAGGACCCUGCAAGCUAAAGAGAGAAAAAACCAUCUCUCAGAUCUGAAUCGCGCUCUAGAUCUCCUAAUCCAGAUUUUCCCGCUGAAUUUUCCCCAGGAUUUUUAGUCUAAAGUAUUUAAAGUCAUGUCGAGGAGGCCAGUAAAUCCUUCUAGACGCAUUGGUGACGGUGGAAGUAUACCAUUUGUGGGUGCGGUGCAAUCCAAAGCACGCUCUUCACCUCUACUGUCCAUAGGACUUGUGCUUGUGGGUGCAAUUCUUCUCGUCUUCUACACUUUUAGCGGGUCAGGCGGCCGGAGCACUAAGGAGGCUGUAAUUAAACUUGAAGGUGGUGUUUCGUGUACGUUUGAAGUUCAGAGAGCAAUACCUAUACUAAAGAAAGCGUAUGGUGAUAGCAUGCGUAAGGUGUUGCAUGUGGGCCCUGAAACCUGUUCAGUGGUAUCUAAAUUACUGAAAGAGGUGGAUACUGAAGCCUGGGGUGUGGAGCCAUAUGACUUAGAAGAUGCUGAUGCAAGUUGCAAGAGUCUCGUGAACAAAGGCAUUGUGCGUGCUGCUGAUAUAAAGUUUCCUUUGCCAUACCGGCCAAAAUCGUUUUCUCUUGUAAUUGCAUCGGAUGCAUUAGAUUACUUGUCUCCGAAGUACCUCAACAGAACUCUUCCAGAGUUGGCGAGGGUAUCUGCUGAUGGUGUUGUUAUAUUUACAGGUUAUCCAAGUCAGCAUAAAGCUAAAGUUGCAGAGCCAUCCAAAUUUGGCCGUCCAGCGAAAUUGCGAAGCUCGUCAUGGUGGAUAAGGUACUUUGUUCAAACAAGCUUGGAAGAGAACGAAGUAGCCUCAAAGAAGUUUGAACAGGCUUCACUAAAGAGAUCUUACACACCUACGUGCCAAGUUUUCCACCUCAAGUCAUACCAUUAAGAAUCACAAAAUUGCAUCUUUGCUCUAUCAGCCUCUUGGUAAAAACACCGAGUACGAAACGUCUUCAGCGCCCGAAGGGUAAGUUUAUGUUGAAAGGAAGUACAGAGCCAAAUUGUGCGCUCGGGUAUGACAUCCUCACUAUGUAUUCUUUGACGUGAUGUAUUUAUUUUCCUCAACAUUGCUGCUCCUUCUUCCUGUUGUUGCAGUAAAAGAUAUGUUAGUACUCUAGAUCUUGUUCAUUACAUUUAUAAAACACAAAAUAAUCUCGUCGUGAUCAA